AUGAGAGUCUUUCAUCUUUUUACCAUGCUUGCUCUGGCCAUGGCCAGUCAAUUUUCUUUGCUGGCGAGAAGUAUCGAUUCGGAUGAACAAACCUUUUUAGGAACGUUUGCAUACGAUGAGACUUUUAAUACGUCAAUAAUUGAACUGAAUACGAAUUUGAUACCCAAUCACGGUCCUCAUUGUUUGAAUGCCCUAGCUGAAAAUGGCGAACUUGCACUUCGUUGCUUCCAAGUUAUGGAAAUUCUAUCACCACUUCAUUACAAUUUAAUCUUACAUGUCUACGACAAUCAACUGCAAAGAGUCACCCUAGCCUACAAUCCAGAUGUCGAUGGUAUAGUUCCGAAAGUGAACCUGGCAGCUAGAGGGCCAAAUCCGCAGGCAAUAAAAUUAAAGAGAGUAACUAAAACGUACAAAGACAAGAAGGCCGGUGACAAAGCUUUGACAGCUCAAUUUGAAGAAGACGUUGUUGUCGAGAACAAAUCAUGGUUUCAGCGGAACUGGAAGAAGCUCAUUAUGGGAGCUGUUAUUUACAGUGCAAUCAGUUCCUAUGGGGCACAACCGAAACAAGCGCCAACUAAAAACGAUUGA